UAAUUGUUGGUGUAAUAAAAAUCAUAAAAUUAGAUCUCCUGAGUUUUAUUCAUAGUAACUUCCAAAAAAUGUACAGGAAAUCCCUAGAAAUGGAAAAGUCGAGAACAACCUGUCAACAUUUCUUAAUAUAAAUUUUCGUUUCAUUUAAGUCCAGAAAAUAUUUAACACCACUUUAGCUGUAUAUAAACAGAACGCUAUGUAUAAAAAGAGUAAAUUUUACCACCGCCAUGGCAACCUUCAUUCACACCACAACAAAUACACUACUAAUAAAUAGUUACAGUAGUUUAAAGCCCUUUUUUAUUUAGUGAAAUGAUAAGCGGCUUAUAAUUAAAUUAUGGUCAACUAUAAAGUAAGAAUCACAUUAGUGGGACCAUCAAAGAGUGGAAAAAGUAAAUUAGCUAAUUACAUAGCCGAUAUUAAUUGCAAACUUCCUGAAGAAUUACAUCCCACAAAAGGCCUGCGGAUUUUAGAGUAUGACAUCAAUAAUGUCAAAAUCAGAAAUGAAAAAUCGACUGUUGAUGUUCAACUCUGGGAUACAAGUGGAAAUGAUGAGUAUUCCCAAUUUUGGCCAGUAUUCAGUGCAAAUACUGAUGGUCUCGUUUUUAUACACUCAAAUGAUGAAAAUGCACCCAAAAAACUAGAUUUAUUGUAUAAUUACUUUGUGAACCAAAAGAACAUAAGUCCUCGAGUCUGUCUUGUAUGUUCAUUUUCUUCAGAAGAGAUUAAGUACAACCUCUCCUCAAAAUUUUCUAAAAUAGCUCAAAUUAAUGUGGAUUUGGAAGGGGAAGGAGAAAAAUUCAAACAAGAAUUUCAAAAAUAUGUUUUAUCUGUUGUCAAUAAUCUUGACAAUCAAUAACAAAAUAAAACAGGAAGAAGACUUCCACUACUUCUAUAAAAGUAUAA